GCCUAUCGCGGGGCUGCCUUUUGAACAUUCCUGCAGCCUUGCGCUGCGCUGCGCCGAGCCGGUGCGCCGGAUGAGCGUUCCCCCAGAGUUGGUUCUGCGGGGCAGCCUCGUCUUAGGAGCGGGCUGGGCGACGCGCGAGUUUGGCCAUGAUCGCCCUCCUCUUGUGGGAUCAUCUGAGGGCGGGCAGCUCCGAACUGGACUGGUGCGAGGAUAACUACACCAUCGUGCCAACCAUCGCCGAGUUCUACAACACGAUAAGCAACGUCUUAUUUUUUGUCUUGCCCCCUAUAUGUAUGUGCUUAUUCCGACAAUAUGCAACCUGCUUCAACAAUGGAAUAUAUUUAAUAUGGACCUUGCUAGUGGUUGUAGGGAUUGGAUCUGUCUACUUCCAUGCUACGCUUAGCUUUCUGGGUCAGAUGCUCGAUGAACUUGCUAUACUUUGGGUCCUGAUGUGUGCUCUGGCUAUGUGGUUCCCCAGAAGGUAUCUACCCAAAAUGUUUAGGAAUGACAGAGGCCGGUUCAAAGCAGCAGUGGGCAUUCUUUCUGGAGUCACUACCUGUCUCGCCUUUGUUAAGCCCGCCAUUAAUAACAUCUCCUUGAUGACAUUGGGUCUUCCCUGCAGCGCCCUGCUUAUUGCAGAACUGAAAAGGUGUGACAAUGUCCGAGUGUAUAAGCUGGGACUAUUUUCUGGACUGUGGUGGAUGUUGGCACUAUUUUGUUGGAUUAGUGACAAAGUAUUUUGUGAGAUUUGGUCAUCUUUUAAUUUUCCUUAUUUACACUGCGUAUGGCACAUCCUCAUCUGUAUUGCAGCUUACUUGGGCUGCGUCUGCUUUGCCUAUUUUGAUGCUGUCUCCGAGAUCCCCGAACAAGGUCCCGUCAUCAAGUUCUGGCCCAGUGAGAAGUGGGCAUUCAUCGGGGUCCCCUAUGUCACUCUCCUCUGUGCUCACAAGAAGUCUCCCCUCAAGAUUACUUGAAAGGCAGUGGAAGCGUCCCAUCCUCUUUACCUGCUCCUUCUCCAAAGGGCCUGAAUCUCUAGUGGGAAGAUUGCCCAAUGAAGUCCUUGCUCUCUUCGCUCGGCAGCAGAGGACACUUGAUGAGGUUGUCCGAGCAGAAUCUCAAAAAGUUUGUUCCAAGUGGCCUAAGUAGGCCUGAAUCCGCACAACAAGGAAACAUGGAAAGCAGAAAGCGCACCUCCCCCCAAAAGUAAAGUUAUUUCUCUUCUACUUUGACUGCCUGCCACUUUUGGUGGGCAAGGAACUGGGUGACAUCUUACCCUGCCAUAUUAAGCAAGGAGGAGUGGAAAAGCCGGUGUCCGUCUCUGCGAGUGUGUGGAUGGCUAUGUUCUGGUUAGGAAAUAAUCAUCAGAUUUGUGUAUUAAGGAUUUAAUAGAAUUGCUUUGCAAAUACUUCUCCUCUGCUGCCUGUUUAUAUUUACACGUUAAUUGAACAAAUGAAAUCCCUUUAAAACUCUGGGUCAGUUUAAGAGGAGAACAAUCCUUGAGAAGCUGGCUCCCUUCUUAAUCCAUCAAAAUAUAAACACAUGACAAUGUUUUUGGUUUUUUUUAUCCACAUAUAAUAGUUCACUCUUUGGGGACUUGUUUACUGAUAGUUCAGGAAAUAAGAUGUAGGAGAAAAGUCAGUGAAGUAAUAAAAAUUGUAGUUGAAAUGACUGGUUGUGAGGCUUUACUCACUCUCCAGGCAGUUAAGUAAUAUUUCAGCCGAGUUCUUGGAAGGAGAGCAAUUCAGCAAUCA